AAAUUACGGAACCCAAAGCGGGUUUACAAAUAUAACGUGUGAUUAAAGCCCACAAAACAAGUCCGGAGGAAGGGAAUUUGAAAAGGAACGAUAAAAGGACUGCUACUCUCUAUCUCUCUCUAUCACAGUAUCUCGCACAGAGCCGACCUCGUAACGGUUCGCCGGGGUUUUGGCGGUGCCGAUCAAGGUAAAUACAAUCAACAUGAUUGGAUCCUUUCUUACCAGAGGUCUUGUGAUGGUUCUCGGUUAUGCUUAUCCAGCAUAUGAGUGCUAUAAAACAGUUGAAAUGAAUAAGCCCGACAUCGAGCAGCUUCGCUUUUGGUGCCAAUAUUGGAUUUUGGUGGCUGUUUUGUCAGUCUGUGAGAGAAUAGGCGAUGCUUUUAUUUCAUGGGUUCCAAUGUACAGUGAAGCGAAGUUGGCAUUCUUUGUAUAUCUAUGGUAUCCUAAAACAAGGGGAACUACAUAUGUUUAUGAUUCCUUCUUCAGACCCUAUGUUGCGAAGCAUGAGAAUGAAAUUGAUCGUAACUUGUUGGAACUAAGGACUAGAGCUGGAGAUAUGGCAGUUCUGUACUGGCAAAGAGCUGCAAGUUAUGGUCAGACAAGGAUUUUUGAGAUUUUGCAGUAUGUUGCUUCACAGUCAACAGCAACACCAAGGCCUCCCCCUGCUCAGCCACAAGGCCCCAGGGCUCGCCAAAAAUCUAGUACUCCAAAUGGUCAAGCAGCUACAAAAACUGAGCCAGAAACUGAAGAACCGCCAUCUCCCACAUCUAGCACAUCGUCUAGUCAGCACCAGGAGGAGGUGGCAGAUGAUGUAGCAGAAGAGGUAGGACCUUCAAAGGUACCUACACCGCCUAACCCUGAGACAGUACCAAACAACAACCCAAACAAAAAUGCAAAUGAUGCGUCCCAGAGGACCGAAACAAGUGCUGCAUCUGAAAGCACCGGUGAACCUACCACAACUUUAGCAGAAGCAAUGCAGACUGAACCCGUUCCACCGACACAAAGUGGUGAAAGCGUUGAUCUUCCUCCGAAAGACACUGUCAUGGAAGAAACCAUCCGGCGUACGCGAGGUAGAUUGAGGAAAACACGUUCUGCAGGAACCCGUUAAAGAAUGUUUUUAGUUACUGUCAUUUAUCUUACUGAACUAGUAAUCAGUAGGUGAGUGAUAAUGGCUAUUGAGUUAUUGUUGUUGACGUUAAUGUAAAUUUUGUUGUUUUCUGCUUUCUAUUCCAUUGGUUGCUUUAUUUUUAUUAUUAUUAUCAUUAUUUGAAUGUAGUGUAGCAUGCUAAAAACCC